UGAUAUGGUGGAGAGAAAGCACAGGACUGGGGGCCACAGGUCCUGGCUUCUCAUCCAGGCUCCGCUGCUCCCUGACUGCUGCCUUUCUCUGUGGACCUCCGUUUCCUCCGUGAUCCCACCAGGCGAAUUGUAAUCCUCCACACAGGGCUGGAACCCGCGAGUGAUCCCAGGAGCCCCUCCUCUCCGGGGCCCCAAGACCUGAGGACAGGGAGCCAGUUGCACACAGGAGCCGUGCAGGCCAGGACGGCGGCCCCAUGGACCUGCCUCUGCAGCUCUCCUUCGGCCUCUAUGUGGCCGCCUUUGCGCUGGGCUUCCCGCUCAACGUCUUGGCCAUCCGAGGCGCGACGGCCCACGCCCGGCUCCGUCUCACCCCUAGCCUGGUCUACGCCCUGAACCUGGGCUGCUCCGACCUGCUGCUGACAGUCUCCCUGCCCCUGAAGGCGGUGGAGGCGCUGGCCUCGGGGGCCUGGCCUCUGCCGGCCUCGCUGUGCCCCGUCUUCGCAGUGGCCCACUUCUCUCCACUCUAUGCCGGCGGGGGCUUCCUGGCCGCCCUGAGUGCAGGCCGCUACCUGGGAGCAGCCUUCCCCUUGGGCUACCAAGCCUUCCGGAGGCCGUGCUAUUCCUGGGGGGUGUGCGCGGCCAUCUGGGCCCUCGUCCUGUGUCACCUGGGUCUGGUCUUUGGGUUGGAGGCUCCGGGAGGCUGGCUGGACCCCAGCAACACCUCCCUGGGCAUCAACACACCGGUCAACGGCUCUCCGGUCUGCCUGGAGGCCUGGGACCCGGCCUCUGCCGGCCCGGCCCGCUUCAGCCUCUCUCUCCUGCUCUUUUUUCUGCCCUUGGCCAUCACAGCCUUCUGCUACGUGGGCUGCCUCCGGGCACUGGCCCACUCUGGCCUGACGCAUAGGCGGAAGCUGAGGGCCGCCUGGGUGGCCGGCGGGGCCCUCCUUACGCUACUGCUCUGCGUAGGACCCUACAACGCCUCCAACGUGGCCAGCUUCCUGUACCCCAAUCUGGGAGGCUCCUGGCGGAAGCUGGGGCUCAUCACGGGUGCCUGGAGUGUGGUGCUUAAUCCGCUGGUGACCGGUUACUUGGGAAGGGGUCCUGGCCUGAAGACAGCGUGUGCGGCAAGAACGCAAGGGGGCAAGUCCCAGAAGUAACGCCACCGCUCGGGGGAAGGAGCAUGGGGCAGGAGGGCCCGGCUGCUUCUCCAGGCCCCUGCGGGGGGCUGCUUCGGAGGAACUGCAGGGCAGCCUGGCCCGGAGGCCUCCCUGGAGCCACUCAAGCGGAGAGUGGUGCCUACCGAGGGCAGCACCCCAGUCAAGAGAGGAGCACGGAGCCAGAGCAAGGUGGCAGGGGGAGGUAAGUUUGCCACUGCAAGGUCGGCCCCCUUCCUCGCCUGUCUUUCUCUCCCCUCUGCACGUCCUCACCUGCCUGUCUUCAGUGGGCCGCGAGCAGAGGCCUUGUACUUAGAGGAAGGAGGAGGCAGUCUGUUUCUGACCCACAGGAACUGCCACUCCGGUGAUGCACUUGAGGACACGCUACUCUGAAAUCAGUUCCCGGGAGAGAACAUUUGAUUUCCGAGUAGGAGAGGAGGCAGGAGGCAGGAUAAUGACGCUGUUAUACCAUGUGAAACUCGCAAGGGGGCAGCCUUGGAGCUUGGAACGGAGGCUGGCAGGAAAAGAUGCUUCAGCCGGGGAGGGAAAAUGCAAGGUCCCGCAGUGAUGGGCAAAGGCCACGCAGUUGACUCUUGAACAACGUGGGGAUGGGGUGCCGAACCCCCACGCAGUGGAAAAUCUGUGCAUGACUUUGACUCCCCCAAAGUUCAACUACUAAUAGCCUACUGUUGACCAAAAGCUUUACCCAGUAUAUAAACAAUUGAGUAAGACAUAUUUGAAGCCAGGCACAGUGGCUUAUGCCUGUAAUCCCAGCACUUUAGGAGGCCGAGGCGGGAAGACUGCUUGAAGCCAGGAGUUCAGGACCAGCCUGGGCAACAUAGUGAGACCCCACCUCUACAAAUAAUAAAAAAUAAAAAUAAUUAGCUGGGCGUGGUGGUGUGUGCCUGUAGUCCCAGCUACUGAGGAGUCUGAGGUGGGAGGAUCGCUUGAGCCCAGGAUCGAGGCUGCAAUGCCAUGAUUGCACCACUGCACUCCAGCCUGGGUGACAGAGCAAGAUCCUGUCUCUGGAAAAAAAAGAAAAAAGACAUAUUUUGUAUGUUAUAUGUAUUAUGUGCUGGAUUCUUACAAUAAAGUCAGCUAGAGAAAAGUACAUGUUACUGAAAACAUUAUUAGAAAGAGAAAAUACCUUCACAGCACUGUGCUGUAUUUAUCAAUACCAUAAGUUUAUGUUGUCUGUUUAUAAGAGAAAUUGUCUGUCUGAAGCGGCAGUAACCACAGCUGCAGAUCUCAAUCUGUGGUAGAGAUCAAGCGGUUCAACCCUUUUUUGUAAUGUCAUGACUUUUCUUUGCUUCUUGGAAGCAGCUCUGGCAUCACUAAUGGCCCCGCAUAUGGGGCCCAGGGGGUUAUUCAAAGUUUACGGUAUCGCAGUAAACAUGGUGAAACA